AUGGCAUGGGGCACUCCCUACUGGCAUAUCUACCCAACAAGAAUCUUCAAGCAUCUGAACGGUGGUGGGACCCCUAGCGAUGUCCCAGGUGCACAAGGCUGGCUCGACAGCGAGUGUUGGGACAAGGAAGAGGGCUCAGCAUUGUGGCCCGGUUUGUACCGCGAUUCGUUCGAUACGGACACCUCUUACAAAGCAGCACGCGCUCACUUUCAAGCACGGAAUGGACGGGCCUGCUCGCCACAGAGGACGCGGUUAUAUCGAUACGCCCAAAGAUAG